AUGGAGGCUGCAGGACUCGCUAUCGGUGCCGUAACUCUCGUGUCCCUGUGGGAGACUUGCAUGCAAGGCGAGUUGUUCGACGUCGUCGUAUCUGCGCAGCACUUUGACGAGGAAUGCGAGCUAGUACGCAUCAAGCUGGACGUGGAACGUGUCCGCCUCUUCGAAUGGGGAGAGGCUGUUGGGUUGGCCAAACUCAAGCACACCGACACUGGCUCGGCGUCCACUCCGAGUCUGGCUACCGGUGAUAGCUCUCUUUCCGGAGUCCAUCCGCAGCUAGGGAGGUCCUACAAAAAGAUCCUGGCCAGGGAUAUCCUGGGCUAUAUUCGUCGCCUCUUCGAGGACACGGAGGCUCUACAGCGACACUAUGGCCUACAGCGUGUGCAGGGUGGCCCCUCCCCUCACGGCGACGAUAUGUCUCCCAGAGCGUUACGUUUUAUAUUCAAGAGAGCGUAUGCAAGCGUUCAGGCGUUGGCUAAGGUCAAUGCAGAAAAAGUGAACUUACGGACUCGUACUCAAUGGGCCAUAUCCGACAAGGGAAAAUUCACAAGCCUCAUCAACGAAAUGAAGACGUUGAACGACAGUCUCGCCGACCUCUUCCCCGGCACAGCGACCAUAACAAGGAAUCAUCUACGACACGAUAUCGAGUCCAGCGACGAAAUUGGGUCCUUGAUGCUGCUCCAAAGGGCUUCCAGCGACGAUUAUGCCGAGUUCUCCGGUGCGGCCCGCAUGCGCAUCUCGGUAUUGCAAGCGCGAGCGUCUCUGGGAUUCUCAGACCAGGCGUUACGCCCACAGGACGAGUACAGCGAAGCCAAUACUCCUGUUGAUCUAGGUCGAAUUGAGCCAGCAUCAGAAGCAGCGGGACCAUCUUCAGUCAAUGGGUAUACGAACAUACAUGAUAGCCGACAUUGGCACACAAUGAGGAGCCUUCUGGAGGAGAUCAGCGGCGCCACCAGCCAUAUAUUGGAUCUCAGUCGGAUGAUGACUGAAACCCCACCUUCAUCACCAAAGACAGGAAUCAUGGAGAGCGCGCAGCAUGCUCUCUUGCUCACCAUCCACGAGAGCUGCUCAGAGUGUGUCUGCAACGUGACAUCGACUGGUAGGCCGAGGCAGAUCUGCGUCCAGUAUGCGUUAGCUUACGAUUAG